AUGAGUGGUCUUCCUCCUCGCAACUUUUCUCGAGACAGUCAAGACAACCAGCAAGCACAAGACAGUCAUCGCAUGAAUGCUCUGAGGAACGCCAGUUCCCAGCAACUCAUGGCAGCAAUGCGAGAGCAACAGUCUGCCAACAGCAACUCUAACGCCAACUUCCUCCCCAACACAUCCGCUUCUGCUUCCCUUCCUCAGAUGCCAGGUUCAAGAGCUUCCGCCAUGGCAUCCUUCCAAGGCCAACUUGACACUUCCAGAUCCUCUCUCCUGGCUCGCGUAGCCCAAGCCCAGCAUCAGCAACAGCAGCAGUCGUUUUUGCAGCUCCAGCAACAGCAGCAAGCCGCUGCGGCUGCAGAACAAGCCCAGCGAGAGGAGAUCGAGUUCAACUCUCUCCUUCGACAGAAGCGUCAAAUUGACGAGAUGAUCCUCAACUCGGCCUUGAACACUCGUCGCAUGAGCCUGGACCCUGGUCUCUCCAGACACAAUGCAUCUCUCUAUGGCAAUGCUGCUGCCGCAGCCGGUGCUGGUCUAUUUCCAGGCCAAGCUGCCACAGGUUUGCCCUUGUCUCUCAGUGCCAGUGCAGCUGCCAUGAUGGGUGGACCCCGCAAUGCCAGCAACAACCCCAUCUAUGAUCACUCUGAAAUGCUGACGGGUAAGAUUCGGGGCCUGGAUGCCGACCGUACCAUGGCAUCCAUGUGGCAGUCGUCAGCUCGUCGUCUCUCGGAUCCUUCUCAUCAACACAACCGGUUGCAAGCGGCAGCCUUGAUGUCACGCAAUGCGGGGAUUGCCAAUGCUGCAGCUGCUUCAGCCGCCCGCCCCAUGCCAUCCGUCGAAGAAGGGGACGCCAUGGAGGAAGAAGACGAUGAGGCCUACUUUAACGAUGCUGGAUCCGAUGAAGUCGACCGGGACUUUAAGCGAAGCCAAGAGAACUUCCCCCUCAAGCUGUACCGCAUCAUCUACGAAGUCGUCAAGAGCGGACGUGGAGAUGUCAUCUCCUUCUUCCCCCACGGACGCAGCUUUGCCGUCCACAAGCCCAAGGAGUUUAUCAGUGAAAUCAUGCCAAAGUACUUUGCCACUGGACGCAUGAAUACCUUCCUCAAGCAACUGAACCUGUAUGGCUUUCGCCGCAUCACCGAAGGACGAGACAAGGGCGGAUACUUUCACGCCAAGUUCAUCCUCGGCAAGCGUCAUCUCUGCAAGCAGAUCAAGCGCAAAAAGACCGACAACAAAGCCGCCAAGGCAGCCAAGGUCGUCGUCGAGUCCAAAGAAGCCGAUCGCGAAGUCAGUGCUUCCUCGUUGUCUGCAGAGGAGUACGCCACGUCUCUGAGUCAACAAAUGGCGAGGAAAAAGCAAGCAGGAGGCGAAGACAACACCAAGUCUCCUCCUCUUAGCCCAACCUCCUCUCGCCAUCCCAAGAUGCGAUGGAAGCAACAGUCGUCGUCACAACAGGAACAUCACGGAAGAUGA